AUGGCUGCGGUGGUCGCUGGACGCGGUCCAACCGAAGAGCAGAUUCGGCAAGCCGUUACCAAGGCAACCAAGGAACUGGGCAACGCCCACUGUGUCCGCAAGGACGGCGACGUCGUUUGCGAGAAAGAGCCCAGGCAGCAGCAGAAGGUGGUUUCCGAGACAAUCAACAGGAGCCAGCGUCAGUUCGCAGCCAUGCACCUGUCCACGCCCAGGACAGUCAGGCUAAGCCAAACAGCGCUCAUGCUGGAGAAGGUGGCCAAGAACCUCAUAAACAGUGAUGAACAAUUCACCCUGGAUCAGCUGGGCCAAGUUAAGUUCAGUGCCAUAACCGGGCUGUGUAAUGAGCCAGAAGAUACCUGCAAGACACAUGAGAUAGACGGCCAUGAGUUCCGGUCGGCAGACGGCUGUGGCAACAACAAAGAUCACACCCAAUGGGGAACCCCCAAGGAAUGCCUGAAAAGACUGCUCGAUCCACAGUACGAAGAUGGUCUUAGUGCGCCUCGUACUACAGGUCGGGACGGCAGCCCACUUCCCAACGCCCGCUUGGUCAGCCUGAUCGUGCACGAGGACCUGCGGAAACCGAGUCGUGAAGCCAGCCACAUGCUGAUGCAGUUUGGACAGUUCAUGUCUCACGAAGUCACGCAGACGCCAGACGCUAAAGACGUCAAGUGUUCCUGUGAUUCAGAUGAUUCAGAAUGUUUCAACAUUCCCGUGCCCAAAGUGGACCCCGACUUUGGCAAAAGGUCCUGUUUAAAUUUCACCCGUUCUGCCGCCUGUGUGAGGGAAGGGUGCAGCCUGGGAACAGCACGGGAACAAUUCCACCAGGUCACGGCUUUCGUGGACGCCUCGAAUGUCUAUGGCCAAUCGGAGGAUGAGAUGGAAAAACUCAGAGCCAAGAGCGAAGAGGAAGCGGGCCUCGCACCAGAGGAUGGCCAAAGAUGCUUCCAGGCAGGAGACAACCGGGUGGACCAGAACCCGGGACUGACCUCCCUGCACACCGUCUUCCUGCGGGAACACAACCGGGUCGCUCGGAAGCUCUCCGAAGUCAACCCGGACUGGGACGACGAUCGGGUGUUCUUCGAGGCCAGGAAGAUCAUCGGCGCCGAGUUGCAGAAGAUCGUGUACAGCGAAUACCUUCCUCUCGUCCUGGGACCUGACGCCAUGACCGAGUAUGGCCUAACCCUCACCGCGGAAGGCGAGUUCUUCUCCGGGUACGAUUCCACCCUGAAUCCCACGAUCUCUAACGUCUUCGCCACGACAGCCUACCGAUUCGGCCACAGCCUGACUCAGAACGAAUACGACCGCUACCAACCGGGCUUCCAACAGACGAAUUGCCCGAUCAAGCUGGCCUAUAGUUACUUUGACACGUCGUACGUUUCCGACGACGCCAAAGGCGGUCCUGACUCCAUCCUACGGGGACUGACCGCCCAGCCCGCCCAGGACUUCGACCGCUUCAUGGUCUCCGGACUGACAAAGUUCCUACUGGCGGACCCUCCCGGAUCAGAUCAGGGUUUCGACCUGGCGGCCAUCGACAUUCAGCGCGGGAGGGACCAUGGACAGCCGGGCUACAACGACUGGCGGGAGAAGUGUGGACUUCGCAGGGCGCCGGGGUUUGACUACCUUGGAUGGGAGAUCCCUGAUCUAACCACCCGGCAAAAACUGGAGAGCCUAUACAGCCACGUGGACGACAUUGACCUGUUCGUGGGGGGUCUUGCCGAGGAGUCCGUGCGGGGCGGUGUCGUCGGUCCAACCUUCGCCUGUCUGAUCGGCCUGCAGUUCCAGGACCUCCGCAAGGGGGACCGCUUCUGGUUCGAGAAUUCCGGGCAGUUUACGGAAGACCAACUUGCGGAGAUCAAGAAGACCAGCCUGGCCCGGAUCCUGUGCGACAACACGGACACCGAACAGAUGCAGCCAAAUGUCUUCAAGCAGCCUGGGAAUGAGAGGGUGGCGUGCACCGAUCUUCCCAAUCUGACCACCGUGGAUCUGACCAAGUGGAAGGAGUCAUAA